CACUGAUUCGACGCUCAUCAAUCAAAUGGAACAUGACAGUCGAGAGGCAGUCGAGUUAUGGCGUUUGCAAGAAAGUAGACGCUAUUUCUGUGGAAAGCUUUUUUCCCGCCUAAAGGUUCAAUUUGGUGGAUUACUGCUGUGGAAAAGUUAAUUUGGGGUAAGUUUUUCACGCUGACCACAUCAGAUAAGCUCCAUAUUCCGUAAACAGUGACAUUUUAUUGACAAUAUUGACUGACACUUUGUCAAAAAAUUGUCACAUCAAAUGCCAAGAGGACGUUUAUAAACAGUUUUCAAACUGAAAUUUGAAUAAUUUGCUAUAUUUUCAUUAUAUCUUGUAUCCCAGCAAGCGAGAAAAUGGAAAAUAAUUUCCACACGCCCUUCACUGCGUCUCCCAUUAUGACGUCACCAUCUUUUUUUUGGUCAACAUAUUACGGAGCGGAUUAUGUAGCUUUUUAACGCCUAAUUUUCCAUCCUGCCUUAACUACUCCAGGUUUUUAUUUCAGCAAGGAGCAUUUGAUACUACAAGAUUUUAGCCAAAAUUUGAUAUUUUUCCGAGGUUAAAGUAGGCCAAACCUAAUUUGGAAAAAUGUCUUCAAAUCAGUAUGAAAUCAGGGAGCUGGUUGAUCACCGAUUCCAAUGUGCUAGCAGUGCUGAGGAAAAUGAGACAGCAUCAGAGGAUGAGCAAGUACCUAUUGUCUACCAGUAUGAGAUGGUAGAAAGAACAGUAAAACGCAGGGGUCACUUGCCUAAAGAUGCUGUAAAGAUCCUUAAAAAUUGGUUAUAUGAACACAGAUUCAAUGCAUAUCCGACAGAGAUUGAGAAGCAUAUUCUUUCUCAGGAGACCAAUCUCACAGUUUUACAAAUCAGCAACUGGUUCAUCAAUGCUAGACGAAGAUACUUACCAGAAAUGAUGAGAAGAGAAGGGCUGCGCUUUUCCAGCUACGACUCUGUCCACUACACGAUAACCCGCAGGCGGCGAUCAUCUUCAUCGCAGCGGCGCAACAGCGGCGGCGGUACACCGGGCGGCGGUUCCACCACUGAAGUAUACUACCCCAAGGGGGCGAAACUGAUGAGGGUGGACGGCACAGCGAUCGCUACGGCAGGGGAUGAUAGCCAGUCUGAGUAUGAGGUGGAGCCUAACGGAUAUGUACUGGCUUCGUCGACUGCAGCCAGAACGCCGACAGGUGUAAAGAGACGUCGAUUGACAACCAUACCUAGGAGUUCCAUCUCUGGAGGCGAGAAAUUCGAUCCCUGGAAUGCAGAUGUUCACUACGGCCUCACCGAUAAUCCAGCUGAAAGAGGAGGAGAGGCGAUCCAGGUGACUCAUGCCGAAGAAGUAACAAAUGUCACACAAGGCUCCUCAGGCGUUCUACCCUCUAACUUAAUGGUUGUAAGAACAGCAUCUGGCAAAAACAUCGUUCUGAAGGUCAUAUCUCAGACGACAGAGAUCCCGAAGACAUAUGUACUGAAGCAGGCAAAGACCAUCAAGGUGGAACCACCAAAAGCAUCUCCGUUCAAACUCCAAACAGUCACCAAAAUGCCGGUUCAACAUCAGCAUGUACAACCAAUGCAGAACAUCAAAUACGAGGUGAUUGAAGACGACCAAGAUGUGGAAGAAGAGGUGCAAGACAUUGAUAAUGUGGAUCAAUACGAGGAACAUCUGGUGGAGGAAAAUGAAGAGAUAUCUGGGGAUGUUCCUGAUGGAGUUACUGAGGAAGAGCUAGUAGACGCCCAAGAGCACGUAGUAGAAGAAGGCGAGGUAAUCGCGGUAGAAGGCGAAAACUACCUCGGAGAUGAAGUAUACGAAACCGUGGAAGAGGUCCCCGAACCGGAAGAGGUUUUUGUCAACGAGGUCACGCUUGAGGACAACGUGAACGAGGUGACGAUUGAGGAGCCUGUCCAUGAGGUCAUGGUGGAACAUGAAGAGGGAGAGGAGGAAACAUUAGAAGAUUGCGAUGAGGUCAUCAUCAGCGAUAUGCAGUUGGAAUAGUGGCGCCUAGAGGACGCGAUUUGUUAUGAACAAAGGGCGGUGUUUUAGAUUUUUCAUGGUUAGGUAAUGUUGUGUUGCGUAGAAGCCGGGCCUUAACGGAGGAAGUUUACAGUUUUGAGGUGAAUGUUGGAAGUCUGAUGCCAGAAUGAAUUAAUUGUUUCUACGUGGGAGAAUCUAAUAUGGGCUUGCUGCAUGUAAGGAUUUUAUUUACGUAUAGGUAUAAAUAAUUUGAGUAUUCAUUUAUAAAAUCUCUAAAAGGCAAAAUAUUUUGGAUCAUCAGGUAAAUGUGUUGACUCAAAAAUUUAAAAUAUAAUGUGGAUAAUAGCAAUGCAACGAGCGUUUUAAGAUCCAGAGAACAGAGAAGUUUAUGUGAACUUCAACUUCAUUGCUUUUUGAUGGCAUAUAUUUACGAGUAUAGUAUGUAGUGUUAUAUAGUUUGCUGUAGCUCCUUGACAACAAGAAAGAAAUGUCAACAUAUAUCUGCUAUAAUUCACUAAGAAGUGUAAGAGUUUAAAUAGUCUUUUUUGGCAUAGAAUGUAACUAAAUAUACAAUAAUUUCUUGUACAUAAUUCAAGAAAGCUUACAUCUAGCAAGAGGUUUCAUAGUUUUUCUGUAUAUAUAUAGUAUAGGUCUGCUAAAUCUCAAAACGUAGCUACGUCUUCUUCAAUUUGAGAAAGCGCGUAUAAAUUAUUCGAUUAUGUCAAUUGUUCUCCACUAUUAAUGAGUAUUGUUAUCAGUAAAUUUUGGAUGCGAAUUGAAGAGAUGACUAUUUGAUACUUCUUCCAUUUUGGCUAGGUGGCUGCGGGAUGUAUAUUAUUUUUUUUCCGAUAUAAGGUGUACGUGUAUCAUUAUUAUCAAUAUUUUGUCGAAUAGAGUUCUCCGGUUUUCUACGCUUUAUAAAAUGUAUAAAGUUUUUUGUCGAUUCUCAAGCACUUACAUAACCAUAAUUUGUUUAUAUAUAACGAGGUAGAACCAGCGAAAGUGUCCUAUGUACACUUUGUCUAUUGUAUUCAUGUCAUGGAUAGAUAAUUUUAAAUCCUAGAUAAAUACUUGUUUUAGCUCUUUUUUAUGAGAAUAAAGCGUAAACCACUUUUUUGUGUUUCAACAUUCAUGCCUACCAUGGUGUCAGGUCUGCUAACCUUGGGUCUAGGGCAUGAGGAAAAAAUUACACAAAAAAUUGGAAGGAAUGAAGGAGGAAAACAAAGAGGAGGAAGAUAAUUUCGAUUUGGCGAG